UCUCUCUCUCUCUCUCUCUCUCUCUCUCUCAAACUCAAUUCCCCACAGCACACUAAAAAACAUAUUCGAAGUACAAUUGACUGACAGACCACUGAGUCACACAGACUUACAGCUUAUGUGGAAGGACUGGUGGGUGGAGAGAGGCUAGAAGUUCUGAAGAAUUUAAUCAUUCAUUAAAAUUGCCCAGAUGUACUGUAAGUGACACUUCUGUAAUUGCCAUUUUUUUAUAGAACAUGUACAAGACUGAUGUGAGCUACACUGAAGACAAAGGAAACACAGCUGACUGGAAAAUAAGAAACUUCAUGCAUGUGGCUGAACAGCGCUGAAAAGAAGAAGUAGCAGGAGUUUCAAAUGGAGUUUACGCAUCAGUAUUUCUGGGCUUUAUUACUGCUGGCCAUCAUUCUGGUAUCUCUGAUGAUAGUAAUGAUUUUCAUAAUCAUCAACGUUUGCAUCAGUAAAAGAGCUGCUAGGUACAGUACACAAGCAAAACCAAAUCAUUACGGUGACAGAAAUGUAAAACACGAGAACGAACAAGUUCAUCAUAAAGAGCUUGAGAUAGAGAAACCACCUUUACCUUCCAGAGACCAGUUCAAAUCCAUGGAAUCUGUGGAUCAGGGUUAUGAGGAUUUGGAGCCUGCGUCAGACUAUGUGGAGGUCGAGGAUGAGAUGAACCUUCCUGCCCCGCAGCAACCCAUCUUCACUCCACACUACACCACCGUCGAGACUAAGAGUCAAGACACCGUUUCUGAGGAUUAUGACGACGUUGAAAUCCCUGUUAACUAUGACAGCGAGGACUAUGAUGACAUAGGAUAAAAGACUCAAAAUCAAAUACAUUCCCUUCAGCUGGACAUGGGCGGAUCCUGAAAUCAAGUUUACUUCAAGUUACUAUUGUACAUUAUUUGAGCAAAAACAAGUUCUAAUAGCAUAUAAACUGCAGGUGUUUUCCUUUACUUAUCUAAACCGAUAUUUCACUUCCUAUUAUUAGAAACGUAAUACAUCUUUCAAAAACGUCAUUUGAUCUGUCAUUUUCUGUUGUAGGAACCUACUGUAUGAGACAUUUGCGUGGAAGUGGUUAAGCAAGUUGGAAGUGGUUAAACAUCUUCAUAGGCCAAUGCAUUACAUAGAAAACCUUUUAAUGAUUUGCACUGACAAAUUUCAUGUCUGAUAUAACAUUGUACCUUUUUUUUAUUCCAGUGAAUCAAAAAGAUUUUUUGGGAAAAGAAAAACAACACACAAACAAGCAGUACUCUGAAACUGAUACAUUUAUUCUUAAAAAAAAAAGAAAACAAAACAAAA